CACUGACAAGCAAGGAUAGAAAGUAGGUUAAAUUUUCAGUAAAAUGGAAACGAAUUUAUUUUAAUAUAUGGACAAAACCAACAAUGCAGAAAGUGAACAAGGCACCUCAGGACUCCAAGAGAGCCAACACAGCAAACAACUAGCCGCCAGAGACUCGAAAUGGGCCGGAAUAAAGUUAUACAAAACGGAAAAAAGACGUGGAGGGACGAUUGGCGAUGACGAAAGUGAAAUCCAGACAAUAGAUCGCGAUGGGGAGCUCCAACCUUUACUGCUACUCUUCCCAGAGCUAAACGACGAUCAAGACUUAGUUAAUCAGAUCAGGUCCAAAACAAUGUCUCCAACAACCAUAACCCGAGCGUUGAUGGGCAAAAAGGCGGACUUCACCUUACUGAAACCAGCUCAACCUUUACACGAAACCGUUAUUGCCACACAUCCAGAGUCUAGAAGUUCUCUUUCUAUUGCCAGAAAUGCAAGGAUCAACAAGGUUAAAAGCAUGAAAAAUCUUAGUGACAUCGAGGAGGACGAUGAUAUAAAUACAUAAAACAAAUGCUAUGUUUAAUUUAUAAUUUAAUCAGAUCAACACACUCAUGAAACUGUGUCUAAGUUGACAACGACGACUACACUGUACAACAAAUCUAUGUAUAUUCUUUUACUUUGAAUAUAUUUUCUUUAUAA